AUGUAUCUUCACGUAGUCUUAGCUUUAAGUGCAAUCUUACUCUGUGAUGCCAAAAUCCCAAGGUAUAAACCUAGCGCGCAAAACGACUUGCCGCCAAACCCUACACAGAAUGGGCAAGCGAUGUCCCUUUUACAAGCCCAAACGAAAUCAGUAAAAACUAGUCGAAUAAUCGAUCAAUACAGAGUGCGACAUCGAAGAGAAGUUUUCGACUCCAAAUCUUAUGAGUCGAGUUUAACAUGGGCACAUUCUGAGAGAUUAGAUCAGAAUGGUGACGUGAUUCUGCGAUGGGUGAAUACAGAUUCCAGUAUCACGUUCAGAUUGGAAGCGAGAACUCAUGGUUACGUUGGUUUAGGUUUCAAUUCGGCGAAGAACAUGAGAGGUGCGGAUUUGGUAGUCGCCUGGGUUGACGACAGGAAUGGCAACGCACAGAUUUUGGAUUGCCAUGGACCCGAGUCAGAAGAUAAAGCGGUAGCUGACGAAGUACAGAACUACGAGCUCAUAUCUGGCUACCAGAAUGACACCCACACUACUGUAGAGUUUAGAAGACAGCUGGACACUUGUGAUACCCAGGACUUUAUUAUUGGAGAUGACACAACUCAAAUCCUUUGGGCGUUAGGUCCCCCAGGCUCGGAUGGUCAGUUGCCAAAGCACGUGAAAAGUGGCUCAAGACCGUUACGUCUUCUGCAGCCAGUUUCGAAGCCUGAAUCCAUACCACUUAUGCAUUGGGAUGUCCGAUUGACAAAUCUCACAAUCCCUCAAGUAAUGGCUACCCUGUUCUGGUGCAAGAUUUUCAAAGUACCCGACUUACCUAGAAAACAUCAUAUCGUAGGAUACGAACCUUUGAUAGACAGUAGACCCCUAAGGAACAAUGUACCAGUUCACGUACCAAACAGCCAGUCUCCAGUACAUCAUAUGGUGUUGUACGAAUGCGCUGAAGAUGACGAUAAACAUCUGUGGAAUAGUUGGACGGAAAGUGAUGGGUACUUUGGACCGAAUAGACCUAGCGCUUGGGCGACGUGCGCUACGCCAAUCGCUGCGUGGGCUAUUGGCUCUCAAGGCGAAUUCCUUCCCGAGAACGUUGGCAUACCUCUGGGCGAGAGAGGUGGAGUAUCUUACUACAUGCUUGAAGUUCAUUAUGAUAAUCAGGCUCUGCAUAAUGUACUAGACAACUCAGGUAUCCGGAUUCAUUAUACAUCGGCGCUUCGCCAACACGACGCGGCGUUGCUGGGUGCAGGUAUAGGCGUUUCAGCGUUACAUGUCAUCCCGCCUAAACAAAAGCAGUACAGGACCGUCGGGAUCUGUAGCCCGGAGUGUACCAACGAGACUUUACCCGAAGAAGGAGUAAAUAUUGUAUCAGUCCUUCUUCAUGCACAUGGUACUGCAAGAAAGAUUUCAUUGAAGCAUGUCAGGGGCGAACAGGAACUGCCAAGAAUAUCUGAGGAGAAUUUUUACGAUUCACAUUAUCAACAAUCCCGUAUCGUACCCCGUGGUAGAAAGUUUAUGAGAGGAGAUACGCUGAUCACAGAAUGUACUUAUGACAGUACUUCAAGGGAUAAACCUAUAUUGGGCGGCUAUUCUGCAAAACAGGAAAUGUGCCUGUCCUUCAUCUUGUAUUAUCCACGGACUGAGCUCGCCGGUUGCUACUCCAUGACACCUGUAAAAGAGUUUUUCGAAACGUUCGGAGUCAAAGAGUUCUAUGGCCUAAACUUUACGCAAGUGGAAAACAUAUUUUUGUCUUCGGGAAGUUUCGAGAACAUUCCUCUACAGCCGUGGUUAGAGCAUGUCGGCGACCACUUCGUCAAUGAAACAGCGGAGCAAGGGAAGGAAGGCGACGACCAGGGCGUGGGCCUUAUGAAGGAGCUAGUGAUCUGGGAGCCUUCAGAGUUCAGGAAUAAGUCAUUCAUGGCUCACUUGAAUGAGAUGCCGUGGGCUGAAACAUUGCUAACAGAACAAAUUGAGAAGAGACUGUAUAAAGGCAUGCACAUGACGUUUUGCAAGAAGAAGGACGAUACGUGGGGAGUGCCAAUUGAAAUACAAAAUUAUCCGGUUUACAAGGAGAUUACGAACAACGAAACUGCCGAGAAGUCCUGCCACCACAAGAGCAUGCGGUUACCGUCGGUAACAAAGGGUUCGGCAACAGCCGUCACGUUUAGUUGGACAACCGUACUCGCUUUAUGUUCCACUUUAGUUAUUGCCCGGUAA